AUGGACUGCGGGACGACUGGCACGGCUGCGGGCAUCGACCCCAAAAUUUUAGAUAAUUGGCAAUCGGAUACGUUUCCGAUCUCUUCCUGGGAACAACAUCCCGCUUACGACCAACCGCUGGAGUGGGAUGCGAGCCAGGACUCGAGCCCAGGUGAUGCGGAUAUCGUGGAUCUGAAUAACCUCCGUGGUCCCCUGUCGCGGGACCAAUCCACCGUCCCGGUGGUAGGUCAUGCAGGCGACUUUCGAGGUAGUGAGAGCAGCAGCAAACAUGGUGCCACUUCCCCUGGGAAGUUCAGCAUCAACGACGGUCCUAUCGAAGGCACCGUGAGUGGUACGAUCAGCCCGAGGACGCUGCCCUCUUCCGCCGACGAUAACUUCCAGCUGGAUGAGUCAUGGCCGCCUUUUCAACUGUUCAACGCCAUGACGGCUGGCCUUCCUAUGGAGGCUCCCCUGAUGUACCCGUACGCCAAGGAGCCUACCUCUACCAAUACGGUUAUUGUAGAAGACACCGGAGAGUUGCCGCAAGGACAGGGCUUGUCCGAUCUUCCUCCCGAUCCAUUCCUCUCCUUUCAGAAUAUCCCCCAGGCUUUUCCCUUCUCGACCGCCGAGGCCUGGACGGCACCGACUGCGACCACUCCCACGGAGAACCUGCCUAACCAGACCCCGGUAUCCCUGGCGAUGGGUCUGCAAUCGGCUAGCAAACGCUCAGGACACAUCCGCGACUACCAGGGCUCGAUGCGAUCACUGGAUUCUCGCUGGCUUGAAGGUCUGGAGUCUCAGCUGUCUUCCAAUAUGACAUCCCCAGCAUCGUUGUCGAUCCCCCAGGACGCGACAUUCUUUAAGGAGGAGAGAAUCCAGCAUGACGGCUUGCAAUACAAAUCGGAGAGUUCUUCGGUUUCUGGCGACUUCCCUAACGUCUACGAAUCGUACCCCGCUAGCAACGACGAGAUCCCCGCUUUUGCUGAUCGCCAACUCGAAGACAAUGGACUCUGGAAAGAUACCCAAAAGGACAGCACCUCCUCGGAGACAUCUCAACCUCUACAAAAUGCGACCGCCUUCAUGGUCAGUGAAGACCCAUCGGAGGCCUACUUCACGCCGGUCUCUGCAAGACCCAGAGCCUCGUCAUCCGCGCAGAGGGCACCCGCUCGGCCACAGGCUCUCGCACUACAGACAGUGGCCACAGUCAGGAAGCGCAAGCAACGUAACUCAAGCGUGCAUCUGGACCAGAACCUGCCCAAGCCGUUGCAGAUCGUGCAGGAAGACGGCCAGGGAGGAUCUAUUGCUUCGGCGGAUUUUAUAUCACCGCCUCGGGGAGCGCGCCGCAAGGGCCCUUUGAGCAUGGUCGGCAGAGCCAAUGCUGGACUGCGAAGAAAGAACAAGGACACAUGUGUCCAGUGUCGACUGAACAAGCGCAAGUGUGAUGGCAACGCUCCGUGCGAUGCUUGCCGCCCUACGCUCCACGAACAGCCUUGCGCACGUGCCUGCUUUGCCAACAUUGUCGAGUAUGGUACAUGUAAUUAUGUUUCUCAACGAGCGAUCAACCAUCCCACCACAGAUGGUGCUAGACGCGUCCGGAUGGACAUUCCUUCUGAGUUCGACCUCAACGAUCUGAUCACGUUCCUCGGUGAGCGACAAGGUCGAUUCAACAUCCGUGCCAAGCAGUCCUGGGGAUCCCUAUAUGUCCUCGACCUUGGGGAGACCUACAAGUUCCUACGCGGACUCAGCGAGUACAAUGGCAACUCAAAGUCCAACUUCCUCGAUUUCAUUGAUCGGCGCAUUGUCGAAUCGAAGGACAAGUCCAAGAACUGGCUCACAUGCGUGAAAGACUGCGACCCGAUGAACAACGUCUAUUCCUUACUCUCGCAAUGGAAUAACAUGCCUAGCCGUGCUAGCUACAGUUUCGUUCCUCUCCAAGCCGGAGGCCAUGAAAGAACCAUGGACAUCAACAACCCUGAAGACCGUCGCGAGAUCCUCCUUGCAGCACAGCUGUCCCGCAUCAUCUGCCGUAUGCUUGAGGUGGAGGGAUUCCGAAAGCUGGAACGCGACUUCUACAACAUCAAGUGGAAGCAGAUCUCUCAAGAAACCCACUUGCGUUUCCUGAGCGAGCUGGGCCAUAUCCUGCUUACCCUCCGCUGGCGAGUUUCUUGGUGGCGUCGUCUCGGUGACGGCGGUCGCGAACCCGACCCCAGUAAGCAGCACUACGUGGAUCGGGUCGACCUACUAUGCCGGAUUCUUUACGUCUACUACACCUGCGUCCUGGCCAAGCUUCCUUCCUGGUGCGCCGCCGAUGUUCCCAAGGGCAUCUGGAACACCUAUGCCGAUGCGGAGAAUGCCGUGUGGGAUGACUUCCCGGUCGACCCUACUGACGAAGGAUUCCGGAGGUGGAUUGAUCGCGGCCAAGAGCUGGUCGAGCAGUCCGGUGCCCCGACCUGUGUUGCGAAGCUAGGCAAAAAUGCCUAG